AGCUUCUAUCUCUGUCGGCUUUGUAUCUUUCAACGCUCUUACGCUAAAUCUCCAAUUUCCUUCAUUGUCUCUCGACUGUCUUGCCGAGUCCACCGAAGAAGGAUUCGGCUUCUCCAUAUACCAACCAACUCACGAACCACCUUACGCAUAGUUGAAUGACCGCUCGAUUAUUGUCGUCACGUCUUUUUUAUGGUAUUUGAGAAAUUGUCAUGCUGAUUAAACGUCUCAGUCCCGUUCUUGUCCUCGUGCCUACGCAAAUACUCACAAUACCUACCUACAUACCUCUCUCUACUGCCGAUAGUCAGCUGGUCUCAGGUUCUACUACAUAGGUCUCACCACAAACCCGACGAUAGCACGACACCGGUUCGAUGAGCGGUACACCCACCUGCAGACGCCAAUCUUAGCUUGAAAUCAUUUAAUUUUUUUACUUUAUUUUUUGUAAUAUCUAUCCCAUUCCACAGGACACACAAGAACGGGUUGCGGCGUCUUCAGGACCUCUUGGUCCACCAGCCGUCAAGCUGGAGUCCCUUAGACUUAUAGUCCGGCCAUUCACCUCGCCAUUUAUCUUACUGGAUAGCCCUUCCGCUAGCCUACCAUACUGACAUGACUUGGUUUAGCUUCAUCCACGUCGCCGCUUGGUCGCAGCACCGGAGCCCAAGCCCCGGUCCUCAGCGUACCUUUGGCCACCUUCGAUCUCUCUCAACCAUGUCCCCGUCUGUGAUUUCCCGGUCUAAGUCGCCGGUGAAAUCUCAGUCUUCGUCGGACAUAGCCACCGAAAUGAUGAUCCCACCUACAAGUCCCAACUCUCGCAGUCUUCAUCCCAGAAGAAUGCCGUCGCAAAGCUCUUUAAUGGUGGAGGAUCAGGAUCAUAGUACCAUCCCCGAUCCCAGGAUACGCAUUACGAGUCCCGCCCCUGAUGAGAACGUCCAUCCCGAUUUGGACCAGGAAGUCGCCACGCUUAGUACAAAGCUUAUCAAUGCCAUCAACCACCAGACCAGUUUAGACGAUACCCUUUCGGCAACGAGACAAGAGCUAGAGAAUUCCCUAGAACGAAUUCAAGAGCUCGAAGAUUUGGUAGCGCAGCAGCGGGAAACGUUAUCUGGCGAUGUUUGGGUUAAGCGCAAAAGCGUUGAGGCUGAGAAGACCAAACUUCUCGCGCGCAUUGCCGAGGAAAAGAGGUUGCGCGGCGAAGUAGAAAAGGACAAGAAGAAGAUUGAACAAGAGUUGGAGACGCUGACGGUUUCUCUGUUUGAGGAAGCGAAUAGGAUGGUUAUUACAGCCAAAGAGGAUGCCAAAAAGGAACAGGAGGCGCUUCAUCGAAAGAACGAACAAUUGAAGGCGCAAUUAACGGAUGCUGAAAGUAUCAUGAAAUCACAGCAAGAACAGUUGGCGCAACUGAAACUUGUCAUGGAGCAAUUGACGGUCGAGCGCGAUAAUCAUAGUGGCACCGCGCCUUCAUCGCCUGGAUUUAGCAAGUUCGACUCGAGAGACGACGAUACCCAAAUUUCUGAGGAUGCUUUGAAUCUUGCAGCCGCAGAGUCAAUACCUCCCACAUACCCGACCAACCUUAAUCACCUAAUUCACCCGAUCUUAAGAACAGAUCUCCCUGCUUUUGACGACUUCGUGUCGCUUAUCCAGACCUCCAAGAGGGCAUCGAAUAGCCGCGCUUCCUCGGGGUCGUAUAGUGGACUCAACCCUCUUCUCGGCUUUGGUGGUUCUGGGCAUGCCUCAGCCCCGUCCAACUCGUCAACGGUGUCACUGUCUACUAUCAGCACACCGAGCGCAAAUGUCUCUCCGCAAACCCCAAAUACGCCUGCGUCAGCCCUUAGUGCCGGAUCUGCCGCUUCUACUCCACUGCCGUCAUUGAAAGAUUCGAAAUUUUACAAGAGGGUUUGCGUCGAAGAUAUUGAGCCUACCCUGCGCCUUGACAUGGCACCGGGUCUUUCCUGGCUUGCCCGUCGGUCUGUGCUUCAUGCUAUGAUCGAUGGAACCCUUGUUGUCGAGCCAGUACCGACUACUAGUCCCUUCAAGGCCAUCAGCAAGCCCCAGUUCUAUCCUUGCUCGCUUUGUGGUGAGGCGCGUAAGGACACGCCUCAUCUACGUAAUCACCGGUUUAAAACGAGCGAGUCAGACUCUGCCCAACGGUAUCCUCUUUGCAAAUAUUGCUUGGAUCGCGUGAGAUCGACUUGUGACUUUCUCGGGUUUUUACGGCUAGUCAAGGAUGGGCUCUGGCGCGCCGAUGAUGCCGACUCCGAGCGAGCUGCCUGGGAAGAGUGUGUCCGGCUACGCGAUCAAAUGUUCUGGAGCCGCAUUGGAGGUGGAGUGGUUCCGGUGAUCAACCACGGGCAUUCCCGUAGCGUUAGUGAAGAACCUACGCGGGAUAACCAAGAAGCACACGGGACUUCAGCCGACGGAAUUAAGGUAGAGGAGCCCAUUGUGACUGUUCUCCCUUCUAUCGAGUCCGCUGAACCCGAGCCGAUACAAAAGGAGGAGGAACCGACCCAGGAUGAUAAGAAAUCAGAGCAGACGAUCAUUCACACUGACAUUUCUAGUACUGCCGAUACUGAAGACUCAAUUCAACCAUCAGAGUCUACUAGUGCAGAAGCAGAAAAACACAAAGUCGACAGGCUCUCGUUGACGAUUCCCGGUACUUUCAGCAAGGAUGCGUCCGAGUAAUUCUCCAAACAACAAUUAUACCCCCAUCUAAUAUUUCUUCCUAUUCGUUUCAGACGCACAAAAGUUCAUUCUUUAGACGU